AUGCCCGCGUCUUUGCCCGCAGAAACCGGUGACAACUUCCGACAUCUUUUCAGUGCCAGUGUUAAGCCGUUCAUUACUGGCACGGGUGCAUCACAAAAACUCAAUAAUAGCGAAGAUGCUACAGUACUCUCUAGGUCCCAUGAAAACGGGCCCUUUCGACCGUCCGUUACUGUGCCCGGAGAAUUUAACACUCCUAGAGAGGUUGAAAUCCCGUUACAUGCGGACGCUGAGUUUUUUCAAAUUUUGCAAGGAGAAUUGUCAGCGCUUAACCAGUUGCAGGAGAGAGAACGGCAGGAAUUAGACUUUCAGAUCAAACUCCUACGUGAAACCAUUGUCAAGACGACCAAUACCACUCUUGGGCGUUCGGGACAUGCUUCAUACACUUGGCGUGAAAUAUUCCGGCUGUACAUAGAAUCGCAGGUGUUUUUCUCUACCAAUGAGUUCGAUUCAGGCGAGAGAACAUCUGCUCAGGCCCAGCAGCAACUGGUGAAGUACCAGGAGAGCCUGUCCCAAGGGAAUCGCUAUAAAAAGCUUGGGAAAGAUGGCCGCAUUGCCCUUGAGUCGUUCCUGCGUAUUAAUUCAGCCCUUCUUCAAAACCAGAAGUUUCAGGAGAUCAACCGAAUAGCUCUUCGCAAAAUCCUCAAAAAAUUUGACAAACGGACGGCGCUUCGUGUCUAUCCGGCAAUUCCACUUCUGGAACCCUUUCUUACUCAAAAUAUCGCUCGGCUGCUUUGUCAAUCAAUAUCUCAAGAGCUUCUUACCAUUGUCCCACAAAUUAAUGACUACCUCUGUCCCAUAUGCUUAAGUAUAGCUUUCAAACCAGUCAGGUUGCGGUGUAACCAUGUUUUUUGUAUUAGAUGUCUUGUCGUCAUGCAACAGGCAAGGCAGAACCAGUGUGCUUUAUGCCGUGAGGAUGUUGUUAUGGAAGCCACAAGUGACAACCUGGAUCGAGAACUGCUGGUCUUUUUGAGCACUGUCUUCCCAAAGGAAACAAAGGCAAAGCAAAAGGAAAAUGAAAGAGCAGCUAGCAGGGAUCUUUAUGGCACCACAUAUGAUGCCUGUGUUGUUAUGUGA